UGUGCGUGGCCUCCGGGGGCGGAAAGGACGGUGAGGACAGGAGUGUCCUGGAGAUGAAACCCUGUGCCACCUACGAGCUGUUAGUGAAUGGUGUCGGGCCAUGGGACUUCACUGGAGGUUUUGUUCCCUGUGAGCUGCUCCUUGUUGGAGAGGACGCCUACCCUGUGCUCCUGAGUGCCAAGAAGCAGGUCCUGAUUGCUGUUUCACAGUAUGGGAAGGGCCGGAUGGUGGUCGUUUCCCAUGAAGGAAUCCUGAAGAGCCCCAAGUUCUCCCAGUUCCUCCGAAAUGCCUUGGAGUGGCUCAAGCCUUGCCCAGAUGCCCUGGUUGGGGUUCAUCCUCGGUUGGAUUCCCUGUCCCAGGUGCUGCUCGGGGCUGGCACCCGAGUGCAGGUGGGGGCAGAGCCCAGCCCAUCCAUGGGGGUGUUCUGUAUGGAUGCCUAUGACAGCUCCCAGGCCAAAGGCAUCGUGGACUUUGUCAAAGCGGGUGGAGGGCUGCUUGUUGGAGGCCAAGCCUGGUACUGGGCGAGUCAACAUGGCAAGGAGAAGGUGCUGUUUGAAUUCCCUGGGAACCAGGUGACCAGCGUGGCUGGAGUGUACUUCACAGGAAACGCCGUGGAAAAAGGCGUCUUCAAAGUCGCCAAGAAGAUUCCCAAGAUCCCAUUAGUUGUCCCGCACCAGGCCAACCUGAGCCUUGAUGCUGAGUUUCUCCUGCACGGGGUGUUGGAGCUGGAUUUGGUGACGGGGGGCAUCCCCUCCACCUUGCUGGUGCACGGAGCCCUGUCCUUCCCGCUGUGCCUGGACCGCUCCCAGCGCUGCUUCUUGGCUGCCGCUCGCUACGGCCGUGGCCGCGUGGUGGUGGCGACCCAUGAGAGCCAGCUGUCCUCCCCAAAGCUGGCCAGAUUCCUGCUCAACGCUGUGUCCUGGCUGGAUGCUGGGAGGAAGGGGCUGGUGGCGGUGGAUCCCAAACUGAAGAAGCUGUGCAGCCUCCUAUCUCAGGCAGAAGUGAAGUCACAGCUGUCACAGCUGGCGGGUGACAUCAGCGUGUACUGCUGCACUUCUUACGGCGACGGGGAUGCUGAGAGGAUCCACGCUUUUGUGGCCGAGGGAGGUGGCCUGCUGGUGGGGGGCCAGGCUUGGUACUGGGCUUCCCAGAACUGUGGCAAAGCUGCUGUGGCAAAAUAUCCUGGCAACAGGAUCCUGAACCGCUUUGGGCUGAGCAUCCUGGGGCAGAGAGGCCGGGCAGCCAAGUACGCGCCCGUGGGGCCGGGGGAGCACUACCACUUCCGCAGGGCUCUCCUGCUCUUCAGCACCCAGCUGCAGGAGCAUCAGGAGCCCACGGAGCCCCUGAAGGGCUGGCUGCACCCGCUGGCACAGGACUGCGCUGCCUUCCUGCACAUCCCAGCCCACGACUGCCCGGCGUACGCCUCGCUCCACCGCAUCCUGACCAAAGUUCUCAAGAGGACUGGGAUCCCGCAGGUCAGCAGGCACUGCCCGGUCAAGAGCAACUCCAAAGAGGCCGUGCUUCUCUGCAUGGCCACCGAGCUGUCCCUAACCAUGACGGACAGCACAGCCCUGGUGCAGAAAUCGCCUGCUGGGGUCUGUGCCCCUCCUGUCACUGUGGAAAUCGAUGGCACAAACCCAGGAGAGACAGCCUGGAGGAGCACAGGGCUCUACCUCCCCGAAGGGCACACAGCAGUAAUAACGUGCCCUUGCCUGGUGGUCGGUGCUGGUCUGCAGGUACAGGUUGGGUGUCACACGGAUGACCUCUCUAAAGCCAAGGAGCUGAAACGGGCACCAGUGGUAAUACGCACCUGUGAUGUUGCCUGCCAGAAACAAUCCAUCUCCUGCCUCUGGGGUGGCCUCAUUUACAUCAUAGUACCAGCAAAGAGUGUCCUGGGGAAUGUACCCAUCACGGUGGAAGGGGCAGUCCGAGCUCCUUUCUUCAAGCUUGGGGAGACCUGUGAAAGGCAGUGGGAGGCCUGUAUCCGGCACUACCCUGCUCCCUGGGCAGAGCUGGCUGUAGAGAAUCUCAUCCUGACGGUGCCUUCCGACAGCAUCCGCCACAUGGAGACCCCACAGCCACUGCUGACCCUGUGGAACGAGAUCAUGGUGGCGAUAAGCAAGCUGGCAGCCAUACCAGCAAAAUUCCCAAGGCCAGAGAGGAUUGUAACAGAUGUCCAGAUCUCAUGUGGCUGGAUGCAUUCUGGCUACCCCAUCAUGGGCCACUUGGAUUCAGUGAAGGAGAUGGUAGACGUGCAGCACAUGCAAACUACUGGUCUUUGGGGUCCCAUCCACGAGCUGGGACACAAUCAACAGCAGCAGGCAUGGGAGUUUCCCCCUCACACCACAGAGGCCACAUGCAACCUCUGGUCUGUCUAUGUUCAUGAGGAGGUGCUGGGCAUUCCCAGGCAUAAGGCCCAUCAGGCACUCAGUCCACAGUGCCGGAAGGAAAGGAUGAAAGACUAUCUGAAGAAAGGUGCUCAACUAAAGGACUGGAAUGUGUGGACUGCUCUGGAGACAUACCUGCAGUUGCAGGAAGGGUUUGGUUGGGACCCCUUCACCCACCUCUUCUCUGACUACCAGAAAAUGUCCAGGAUCCCAAAAGACAACACUUCUAAGAUGAAUUUGUGGGCACAGAAGUUUUCUCAUCAGGUGAAUAAGAAUCUGGCUCCAUUCUUUACAGCCUGGGGAUGGCCUAUCAAGAAAGAGCUGUCUGUGGAACUGUCCUCUCUACCCAGCUGGGAACAGGAUCCAAUGAGAUCCUGUAGACCAUAAAGGAAAACUGCCUUAAUCUUGGUUCUCAUAAUAGCUAGGACCUAUCUUUUUCUCCUUGUCUGCUACAUGAUAGCUCACUAUAUGCUUGGAUUCAUGCUGGAUUCUUCAGCUUCUUGCCAACAAGAAGCCAGCCCCAGCAGAGAUUCAACAGGGAUCAGCAGAUCAGCAACCACCUAAGAUGUCUUCUGAAGGGUUAAAUAAUCAAUGAGCUUUAUUCCAGGUUCUUGACCUCAGGAAGAAUGUAAUUCUGAGAUACUUAGUUCCUACAGAACCUUUCUCUGAUGAAUUGGAAAUUUUCUGGGUGGAGCAGUCUCUGGACUAGUUUCAAGGACUUUACCAUGGGAAUAGAGAUCUUUAGAGCAAA